AGUCUAGAGCCCUGCUAAGACUUGUUGAAUUGUUUUGAUUUGUUGAAGCCUUUAUGUGGACCACUUGUGUAUGAGGAUGACAGAAUCGAAGGUUAUUGUUGUUGUGAUCAAGUUGAAUUGUAUCAGUAAACUACAUGUUUAAAUCAAGUUUGACAUCAUGUUUUCUAGUGUGCCAGAGUUGGGGGAGGAGGGGGGAAGUGGUGUUCGAGGACCCGUGCUCUUCCACCCUCCGCCAAACUGCCGGAUUCGAGAAGUCCACUGCGGAACCCAGGUGCGAUUAGUUGUCAUAGCGAUCCGAGACAUCGCCAAAGGGGAGGAGAUCACAGUGGACUACAGCCUAACGGACUGGGGCGAGAAUGCAAUGGAGGAAGAGGCUGGCCCCCACCCACUAUCGCUCUCUGUUUCUGAUUACCUUACCCCCUCGUGGUCAUUAUCGCCCUCUUCCUCCCCACUCACCCACUCUGAACCCAGUGACUCAGAUCGGGAGGAAGAUGAAGAGGAGGAAGAUGAUGACGACGACGACGAUGAUGAAGAAGAGGAAAUGGAAGAGAUAAGGGGUCGAAUGCUUCGGCGCCGCAAGAAACGCAAGUUGCCUGCGGCGGUCAAUUCGAAGAAGAAGAAUAAUGCGCCCACUUCUUCCAGAGGACCUGGGCGCCCCUGCUCCUCCUUCUCCCGCCCGACACCUGUUGCACCCCCACCUAGAUCCCAGCCCGCAGUCAGUUCUCUGACACCCCCAACCACUAACAUAAACAAUAACAUCAACAUAAACAUCGGCAGUUCUAGUAGUCCCACGGUGAGCCGGCGGCAGCACUGCCCGUACUGCGGCCGGCACUACCGAUCCCUGGCACGCCACCUGGAGAAGCACCACGCCAACCAACCGGAAGUCAGAACAGCCAUGGAGCUGGCUCACCUCCACACGCACAGCUCUUCAAAUGGCAGCGCCUCGCAACCCCACCCCUCUUCAUCCUCCACCUCUGCUACUCACAGUCAUUCCUUCGCAGUCCCUCAGUCGUCCUCCUCCAACCCAACCCCCCCAUCUCUCUUUCCCAGGGAGAGGGAAUCACCUGCCACCCGUUCGAGCACAGGCGCCGUCUCGUUCUCCCUUUCGCUUUCACCAAAUGCUUCGGCUCAGCCUGCAGCUGCUAAGAAAGCACCCAGCUUACCACUGCCCGCUACAAAACCCCCAGCACCCCCGAUGGUGCCCCGGGUAAAGAGUCCGUCACCUCCGCCACUGUCUACCCCCAGAAGGGGCCGGAGGAUGAAGAAAGAAAAGCAUGAAGAACAGCAAAAAGUCGAAGUGGAGAGUCCAAGAAAUCAAGAGGAGUUAGUUCCACCUCCUACACCGGACCCAGACAUCGAUCCAGAUGAAGAGCUGGAGCUGAGUGCGGAAGGGGAGGACGAUGCACCUGAAGAGAAGAAUGGAGAGAUUGUAAGCACACACAGACAUCACAUGUCUCCACUACUCUCCUCCCUUUCUUGCCUGGUCCUGUAUCUCCGUCGUCAGCAGCACUCCUCCUUCCUUUCUUUGACUCGUUCUCCUCACUCUGCCGAGGCCUGGCGCCUGCUCUGCCACUCCAGCCUCUCUCUGCUCAUCCUCUACAAUCGCCACCGAGAAUGCGAGGUGGCCAAGCUCACUAUCCAGGACUACCGUAACCGCAUCACCCCUCAGCCCAACGCCAGCAACAGCUCCCCUUCUGGCAUGGACGCUUUCCUGUCCCCCUUUGAGCGCCAGGUCUUGUGUCAUCUCCCACGGGCUGGUGUCUUAGGCAAGCGAGGGCGCAUUCAGCCACUAAUUCUCCCGCCACACUGCGAAUCCUGCCUCGACCUGCUUCUUCGAACCAGCCCCAACGUAGGGGUGGACCCAGAGAGCCCCUACGUCUUCUCCCGGCCCUACCACUCCCCUGCUACCCCACUCCGUGGCACAGACCUCCUGAGAAACCUGGCUCGAGCCAGUGGUGCUAAAAACCCCGGAGCAUUAACGGCAACACGAGUGCGGCGACAGGUUGCCAUCCUUACCCAGCUGCUACUGCUGGAGGAGGGUGACACCCAGGGAGGAGGCAUCAAACGGCUGGAGGACUUCCUGGAGCACGAGUACCACGUGACCCAGAACUGCUCCACUAUCAUACGAGACCCAGCACUGAUGGGUCGUGUGGGUCGAGUCGUUCUCUAUGGAGAGAGGGAGGGAGUGCUUUUCAGAGGGAUGAGCCUGCAGCACAUCUGCCUCGAGUUGGACGUCAUGUCUGGCAACUCGGCAGAUUCCUUCUCAGAAGAUUCUGAGGCAGAGGAAGUGAAAGAGGAAAUUAAAGAGAAGACAGAGGUCACGGUGAAAAAGAAGGGACCGGGCCGACCUCCGCGGAAGAAAAAGGCGCCCGUUCCAUCACCUGUCGUCAGCCCAUCUUUAGCUAAUGCCCAUAAGAGAAGAAACAUUCCACCUAAAUCAGGGAAGCGCGGCGUCCUGAAGCGUCCCUGGUCAGAAGCCGAGCGUGUAGCAGUGGAGACUCACCUGAAGAGAAACCUCAUGGAACUGCGCGUCCCCGCGAAGGCGGACUGCGAACGAUGCCUCGAACUCUGCCCUCUGUUGGUGAGCAACCAGCGAGACUGGAGGGCGAUCAAGUUCUACGUCCACAACCGCAUCCAGCUGCUGAAGAAGCAGGGGAGGAGGGAGAGCGCGGCUGCAGUCUGCUAGGGCCGAGCGCAGACGUGGCACAGGACAGAUAUCAUAAUGUAAAAACCACCAGCAAUCACAAUGAAGAGGAAAUACUCUAGAUCACGAUGGGACGCAGUUUCUCUUUCCCCUUUAUUUUUAUUUUAUUUUUUACAUGGGUGCCGUACUCUGAAGUAUAGCUGCAUUCCCCGUCUCUGGUCAUAUGGGAGUAGUGUAAUAACAAUGAGUAAGCUAAGAAGACAGAUGGGGUACUGCAGUUAAG